AGAUUAGUGCUGUUGUUAUUGUAUCGUUAAUCUUGUAUGCUGACCGAGACUGGUAAAUACGUGGCUUUCGGUGACAUCCAGGUCCAUGAGGUUUUGAAGGAUGCUAUUGAGAAGAAUAUCCUUCCGGGUACGGGUGUGAGUGCGGUCGAAUUCUGGUCGCAUCUAGAGAAGCUACUGGCUGAGUUCUCGGAUGAAAAUGCCGCUUUGUUGGCUCAUCGAGAUGAGCUGCAAGCGGCAAUAGACGAGUGGUAUGAAGGUGGUUGCAAGGAAGAUCAAGAGGGCUUUCUCAAGAGGAUAGGGUAUCUGGUUGAGCCUCCUACAACCAAGACGACUAUUUGCGUCACUAACGUUGAUCCGGAGAUGUCCUUGUUGGCUGGUCCACAACUCGUCGUUCCGGUCGACAAUGCUAGAUACGCCCUGAAUGCAGCUAAUGCCAGGUGGGGUUCUCUCUUUGAUGCUGUUUAUGGCUUUGAUGUGAUUCCUGGCCGUCCCGGUCCUGGAGGCUAUGACCCCUCCCGAGGCCUUGCUGUGCUUGAAUUCGCCUUCAAGCAGCUGGAUGGCAUACUACCUCUGGUUGAUGCCCAGUGGGCUGAGCUGGCAUCUAUUUGGGUCGACCAUCGGAGUCAGCUUGUGGCUAGCACGACAACGGGGAAGUCUACUGGACUGAAGUCGCCUUCGGCUUUUGUUGGGUAUAGGGGUAAUGCCAACAAGGGUGAUCUUGUGUUUGUUCACAAUGGACUUCAUAUAAUCAUCAAGAUCCACAAGGAAUCCCAGGUUGGCAAGCAGAAUAGUAUGGGCUUGUCCGAUGUGGUCCUCGAGUCGGCCCUCACUGCUAUCAUGGACUGUGAGGACUCGGUAGCGGCCGUUGAUGCGGAGGACAAGUCCCGAGUUUACUCUAACUGGGCCGGCCUUAUGCGAGGUGAUCUGGAGACGAGUUUCAAGAAAGGCGGCAAGUCGGUAACUCGCCGACUCAACUCGGACCUUACCUUUAGGAUGGCUGGAGGAAAGGGAAUCGUUACUCUCCCUGGUAGAGUAGUGGCUUUGGUGAGGAAUGUGGGUAUUCAUAUGAGAACUGACGCAGUGUUGUAUCGCGGUGAUGAGGCCUUCGAGGGCUUGGUGGAUGCGCUGGUCACUGCCACAGCUGGACUGCUCGAUCUUCGACAGGUACUGGCUCUAUCUAUAUUGUGA